AGACAAAACCACUGCACAAGAAACACACAACUGAAGCACAAAUUCAAGAGCUCGAGAGGUCAGGAAAGCAAGAAACCAAGACUGAAGCAUGAUGUGAGAACAGAAACUAAUAAUCAAAUUGAAACUUUAGACACAGCAAACCACUGCACAAGAAAAAAAAAAACUGAAACACAAUUUCAAGAAAUUACCACUGCGCUCUUACUUCACCCAUGUUCUGACCAGGCUUUCCAGCACACACUGCUUAACUGAUGCAGAAGGUGGGUCCACUUCAGACAACAUGAGUAUUCACCAGUGGGCAGAGAGUGAAAGCAUGAUUGUGCUGAGAGCAACAGUGUAUGCAGCCCUCCUCAUUGUGCUAAGUAGAGAUGUCAGUUCUUCAGAGAACGGAGAGAUUAUGUUCAAGGGCCUUAACAGACAUACAGCAGCCUGUUUACAGAAGAGAUGCAGCAAGCAAAUUGAGAGUUGUGUGAAACACCACAGAGAUCACGACCAAGCAAAACUGAAAGGCUGCAUCGUGAAGAAGUGUAAAUCCAUCGGCAUGGUCUGCAUUGAAGAGAUGAUUUCAGAAAUCACCCCCUAUCUACUUCAGAACGAGAAUUCCAGGAUGUUCAUUUUGAUACUGGGAUAUGCCAUGGAUCAGUACAUGGAGUGCUGGAUAACUAAUGAUGAGAUAUAUGGAAAGAAUUUCACAGGUUGUCUGAUGAGAGGAGUGUUCAAUAAAACCAAAGUGGCCUACCAACAUGUAUUCCAUAUGAAAGAGUCUGUGCGUUGUUGGGUGAACACGGUGAUGGAUGGAGGGGUGGACUGCAUUGAAGAAAUCGAUGACAGAGAUUUGGAGAAGUUUGGGUUAUUGUGGUCUGAGAAAAUAGAGAACAUGUUCCCAGAGUACAUUAUCUGUUCAAGACUGGGCUUCUUCAGUGGGAGACCAAGCUGCUUGAAGAUUGCUGAGGAAGUGUUCGGAAACGCAGAGCUGUGGAAGGCCAUGAGUGGAUAUAUAUCAUGCCUGGUAAGAAAAGUCCUUCCUGCCAUCAGAGACUGCUGAACCAGACCAGAAUUCCCUGUCUUGGAACACGAAUUUGAAUCUGGACUGAAGACAGUGACGUUUUUGAUAUUUCUUUAUAUUGUGGAUGUAUGUUUUGGAAAAUGUCUGUAUUUCAGUACUAGUUGAAUAAAGUUAACAUAACAACA